GUGGCGCACCUAUUCAAUCCUAGCCGUAUCGCUUAGUGCUUUAGUGCUCGCGUGAUAUAAUUUAAUUCUCCUCCCACUUAAGGUCAACCGGGGGCAAGUAUCUUCAGUUAUCUCAUCAGUCCUUGCCCACUGUUGAUUUUAGUCCCCCCUCCCCCAAGCAGAUCUUGGACGAAGGAAAGUAGUCAUCCCUUCAUUUAGUCCCAACGUCCCUGGUGUAUUCUUCCAGUUUCACGUGUCGUCAUCGACAUCUUACCUCUAAUCAGCCUUUCAACUCCUUCGGAAACGCGUUCUUGUCGACGAACCUGUUCGGCAAGGCUGUACGUUCACCCAGGGGGGUUUGAAUCCAUACGUCAACGCGCUUUAAUCUCGAUUCAAUGACGUCGCCGUCAACGAAUGGUACAGCCAUUGAAGGCAUCAUCGAUGUGUUCUCGUCCUACGUGUUUAGCAGCAUGCCUACCCACUUGAUCUACAUACCUGAGAUGAGGCUUGUGGACCGGAACGAGGUGUUCAACAUAUACAAGCCUGCAGUCGAGGCCAUCACAGCGGAUGACCUGAAGAAGUUUUCAGGGUCUUGGUCAAGAGAAGAAUCCUUACACAAAGUGGUCAGGGACAAGGUCAAAUUUGCGACGCUCUCUCAUCGCUGGCUUCAUGCCGGAGAACCCACAUUCCAGGACAUGUCGAAAAAUCUCCCUGGAUAUCAUAAAUUGACCAAGUUUUGUGAGAAGGCAAGAGAGUACGACUGCGAAUUGGCUUGGUCGGAUACUUGCUGCAUCAACAAGGGUAGCAGCGCGGAGCUUGAUGAAGCUAUUCAGGCCAUGUUCAAGUGGUAUCGUACCGCCGCCAUUUGCAUCGUAUAUCUUGCAUGCUCUUCCAGCGUGUGGGAUUUUGCACAGGAGCCUUGGUUCACCAGAGGGUGGACGCUGCCGGAACUCCUUGCACCAGAGAAGAUGAAAUUCUACGGACGAAAUUGGGAACCCCUCAGCGACGAUCCUGACGACAAACACCCUAAAGUUUUAGCCGCUCCACCAGACGAUGAAAAAUCGUUGCUCAUCACUUCUUCUCAAUCAAAUAUCCUCACUGCCAUCACCCGCUUAACAGAAAUCGAAUUACACGACCUCACUGGCUUCUCACCCGGCAUCUUUCGCGUUCACCAGAGGUUGAGGUGGGCGUCAAGGAGGACGACCACGCGCAUCGAGGAUAUGGCAUACUCCCUCAUCGGUAUAUUUGAUGUCAGCAUGCCGAUAGUAUAUGGAGAUGGCCAACGAUCCUGGUUUCGGUUGAUGGAAAUUAUCUUACAACAAUGCAAAAGUUGGGAUAUUUUCGCAUGGGCAGGAGAACGGUCUCCAUAUUCCCGCGCGAUACCACGUUCGCCCAAAGGCUAUGACGCUUUUGAUGUGCACAGCUUCAUAGAACUGAGCAAGACUCUCGACAUGGGAAAGAUGGAGAGAAGAGCCGAAGAAACACCUCCUGGUCUCCGCGGUGACCACGCGUUUGCAAUGACGAGACAUGGGCUGCAAAUGAAGAUACCGCUUAUUUACGUCGUGUUUUGACAGCCCAAAUCAAGUGGCCACUAUUCACGCACGGACUGUAGGCCGCCUCGGACGGUCAACGCCUCGAAAUCUCCCUGUGCGAGUUAUGUGCCACGAACGGGUGCCAAAGGCAGAGAUAUAUUGCCUUGGGAUAGUGAAUUACAGCCCGAAUGGACUGGCUCGACGGAACCGCGAGUAUGAGAUCCGCGAGGGCCCUUUGUUGUGUUUUUUCCUUACUCUCGAUCCCAAUGACCGGUCAUGGCUCAGGCUCCAGACAGAAAAUGUGAUCAUUAUUGACCACAAGGGAGCCCCGGUGCGAUGUGGAUGUUCGUUUGAGACGGUCUACUUCUACGGUAGGUAGCUAGACCUUUGUGGUCUCGUACCUGCUCGUA